AUGAAUUUAUUAAAAUGUGAUUUAUUAAGUGACUUAAAGACAACUGUAACCGAAGGAAAUGCCGAUGAUUUGUGGGACUGGAUGUUUGGUGGACCUGAAAAUGACUCAAAUUCACCCAAACAACAUGUCAAAGAUGAACUUCAAUAUCAUUACGGAUUUAACUAUGAUUUUGAUGUCAACGCUCAACAAGAAAUAGAUUUUCAUAUAUUUAAUUUACAUGAUUUUGAUAAAAACAAGCUCUUAGAUGGUCUGGAGAUACUAUCAAUGAUGACCAGACACGAUGACAGUCAUCACAUGCAUACAAAUACACACACUUUUGAUGAAAACACAGCAAUAAUUGACAAAAUUUUAGGAACUGAAGAUAUAAAUAAUGACGGAUUCCUCGAUUAUAAUGAAUUUAAAAGCGCUAAAACAAAGCAUAACAUUAAGUCURUCAAYGUUUAAUGUUUAGUAAUUUAAAAUUUAAGAWUAGAUAAGUAUAAUCAAAAAUUGUUUUAUCAAAAACA